AGUAGGCCUGUGCGGUAGUUAUUUUCUUCACUUCGUUCGCAUACACUUUACCAGGCGGACUUACCUUGAUACGGUUCAAUACGGGUGCUGUUCCCACGUACGACAUUCCGCUUGGUUGUUCGCUCUACCGAAAAGGAAACGAUGAAGUAAGCGCGGUACAUCUUGUGGGACUACCAAAUUCAUUCGACCGAAGCACCACAUCAAGCCAACGUUGAAACUCACCAAAUCGAUAGAUCAAUUAACCAUCUGCCUACAUUCCCCAAGCAACGCUCACGUCCGCGGUCGGUCAUCGGUUAGAACAGAGCACCCUUAAUUUCGACCGUUUUUUGAAUUACCUGCACCUUGCAAACUGGAGCAAACAUGGACUCGAAACCCAACGUCGUAACGCGGCGCGGUACCAAGCAGGGCCCAACCGUGCAGACCCGUUCGCGCCAGGCCGCUGCCAAUAACGAGAACCAACCAAGAAAGAGCCAACUCGGGCAGUGCAAUAGUGUACUAACCCUAGCUGAAGCAAAAAAAAAGGGUAAAUUGAAGAUGUCACAAAACCUUGGUAGUAUCAGCGAUGCGAUUGGCGAUGCACAGCUGCAGGACACCUACCACAAUGCAAUGAGUGUGAGUGACACGAAGCGAGGCCAUACCGGGCUCGUUUACGAUGACCGUUUUGCGCUUCAUCGCUGCCUUUGGGACCCCAACUACCCGGAAUGUCCAGCGCGUUAUUUGGAGGUUACAAAGCGUGUAGCACUAGAGCGAUUAAUUGAACGCUGCAUCAUCGUGAAAUCGCGGAAGGCCACAGAAGCAGAACUGGUCCUUAAGCACACCGCAGAGCACGUCGAAAAGCUUAAAGCUACGAGUGGCUGCCAGGACGAAGAAAAGCUAGAAAAGCUUAGUUCGCAGUUCGAUGCAAUUUUCAUCCACCCGACGACCUAUGAAACCAGCCUUCUGUCGGUCGGUAGUACCAUCGCCCUCGUCGAGAGCAUCUGCAAAGGGACGAUUCAAAACGGUAUGGCCAUUGUACGGCCACCAGGACAUCAUGCCAUGACGGCCGAGUUCAAUGGCUAUUGCUUCUUCAAUAACGUCGCCAUCGCCGCUCAGUAUGCCCUGAACAAUCUCGGUAUGCGCAAGAUCCUUAUCGUCGACUGGGACGUUCAUCACGGACAGGGCACACAACGCAUGUUCUACUCUGAUCCCAGGGUGUUAUACUUUUCCGUACAUCGCUACGAGCAUGGUAGCUUUUGGCCCAACUUGAGAGAAUCGGACUUUGACUACGUUGGAUUUGAAAAGGCUACUGGCUACAAUUUCAACGUGCCUUUAAACGAAAUUGGCAAGACGAACGCAGAUUAUUUAGCUAUCUGGCACCAGCUGUUGCUUCCGGUAGCUUCAGAGUUUCAUCCAGAGUUGAUAAUCGUUUCUGCGGGCUACGAUGCCGCUUUCGGCUGUCCUGAGGGUUUGAUGGAGCUAACGCCCGCCAUGUAUUCACAUCUCCUGAGUCCUUUGAUGGCAUUGGCUCGUGGUCGAGUGGCAGUGGUGCUAGAGGGUGGGUACUGUCUCGAAUCACUAGCAGAAGGCUGCACCCUUACGCUCAAGACGCUGCUGGGUGACCCAUGUCCGAAGUUAGUGGAACCACUCCAAGCCCCCUCGGUAGGCGUUCAGCAGUCAAUAUUGAACUGCAUCUACAGCCACCGCAACUAUUGGAAGUGUUUGCAACAGAAUGAGGUGUACGACCUUGAAGAAUACAACAACGUCAAUCCACAAGUCAACUUUCACAAGGUACUACAGUGCUACAAUGGACCGCCAAAGGAAUGCAAGCCAACUGAUGGUGAUCAACAACCAAAAUAUGAAACGCGCGACUGCUAUCCUGUGCUUUCUGUUGAUAAGCAGAAGAGCAUCCACGAUCGGUUGCAAAAAUUGCGACUACUAACCGACCUCAGCUUUUCGCCCGAGCGUCUGUGCUACGUGUACGACGAGGCGAUGCUCGCGCACCGUAACUAUCACGAUCCUAGCCACCCAGAACGCCCGGAACGCCUCAUCAAAAUUCACAACCGUCUGUCGAAGGAGUAUCAACUAACGGAGCGGAUGAAACUUAUAGCAGGUCGCGCUGCCACAAAAGAGGAACUGUACCUGGUCCAUGAUAAGCAGCACGUCGAGUUUAUAGAAAGCCUUGAGCAACAACAAGCUCAGUUGGAGAAGAUAGCUCAGCGCUUCAAUUCGAUUUACUUCCAUCAACAGACAUAUAAGAGCGCCACUAUUGCAGCCGGUUCGGUGUUGCAGGUUGUCGACGAAGUGCUCAGUGGUCGUACCCGCUCUGGGUUAGGCAUCGUUCGACCGCCGGGCCAUCAUGCAGAACCUGACGAACCGCACGGCUUUUGUGUGUUCAACAACGUGGCUAUUGCUGCCAGGUUUGCUCUCGAACGGUACUGUCUCCAACGGGUACUGAUCGUCGAUUGGGACGUCCACCAUGGCAAUGGCAUCCAGCAUAUAUUCGAGAAGGAUCCGCGCGUACUCUACAUCUCAGUGCAUCGCUACGAUCACGGUUCGUUUUUCCCCAAGAGCACCGAUGGAAACUUUGAUGUCGUCGGAUCUGGAGAGGGCGAAGGAUUUACCGUCAACAUUCCGUGGAACCGCAAAUUCAUGGCGGAUCCUGAGUACGUAGCGGCCUUUACCACCGUCAUUUUGCCGAUUGCCUACGAGUUCCAACCGGAUUUGGUGCUGGUGUCGGCCGGCUUCGACGCGGCCAUCGGAGACCCGCUAGGUGGAUGUCGUGUUACGCCGGAAGCGUACGGUUACUUAACGCAUUGGCUGUCAGCACUGGCGGGUGGUCGAAUAGUCCUUUGCCUUGAGGGAGGAUACAAUACCAACACUAUAGCGCAUGCAAUGGCGAUGUGUGCUAAGGCACUCCUCGGUGAUCCACUACCAAUACUCGCACCUGCUGGAACAAAAAGCUCUUCAGCGAGUACGGCCUGUUUUGAGACAUUGCGCAACGUGGUGGGAAUACAAGCCAAAUAUUGGCGCUCGUUAUGCUUCGGAAAAAAGCUUCCAAGCUUCCAAAAAACUACAAGCAUGGCUGAUGAGUUAGGUCUGUCCUCAUCGGGAGUCACGAAGAAGUCGGACAGUACGGCUGGUGGUUCUUCGUCAAAGGAGAAAGUGGAAAAGCCACCACAGACGCUAAGUGAUUUUUUGAAAGCGAACCUUGAGGCAUUACAAAAUGAGGAAAUGUUCGCCAUCGUUCCAAGCCGCAAUUGUCCUCAUCUAAAACUGCUGAAACCUGAAACAACUCCGUCUGCCGUCGAUCCCGGUAGCCCUUGCGUCGACUGCGGUACCAAUAAGGAAAAUUGGAUUUGUUUGAUAUGCUUCGGCGUGUACUGUGGACGGUACACGGGUGAGCAUAUGCUUCGUCAUGGCACACAAACAACUGACCAUCCGUUGGCACUCAGCUUUACCGAUCUUUCCGUCUGGUGCUACAGUUGCGAUAUGUACAUCGAUCAUCCAGCACUGCACCACUACAAGUCACUUGUACAUGAAGCAAAGUUUAACGAACCACUUGUUUGGACGUACGGAAGCGAUUUACUACUGGAAGUAGUUGGUGCGGGUGCUGCUGGGGGCAGCGAUAAUACUAAGGCAGUCGCCAAGCAAAAUCCGUCGAAUGAUUGAUAUUGGAACCUCUCCAAAAUACUGUUUCGGGUGCUAGUGAUGCUGUUGAUGAAGCAUCUACUGGCUGCAUACUUUAAGUAGUCCAACAGAUAGGAACUGCGUUUUGAAACCAGUUCAAUUUAUUUUCCUUCGUAAUUUAUUAUUCAAACUUAGUUGAAAUGCAGGAAAGGAGACACACAGAGAAAUCAAAAUAGAGAGCAGAGAUGUAAAGACAGAGAGCGAGGGAGAGAGAAAGAAAGAGAGAGAGAGAGAAAGAGAGGAACAAAUAUUAGAGUAUAUAAUUAAACAAUAGGGAGGUAGAGAAUGGAUAGUUAUUUGGCUUGUUUUGGAAGGCUCUGAGAACUUACUACGUAACAGCGCCUUCGCACCCUGAUCAGAAAACUGUAUAAACUCAAAUAUAGUAGCGUAAUUAGUAUCAGAACAUCUAUAGAUAUCCUGGUGAAAUAUCGCCUUCCGGAUUAUUUAAAAAUAAUCUAUUCACCAAUAGUAUGCUAAUGCGUUGUUGUUUAUAAUCACUAAUAAAUGCUUCUGCCCAUACGCAGAUGGCAUAAUCGCUGCGGUAACCUAACCAAAGAGAAAUAUGUAACGUGUUGCAUGGCAUAGCCGGAGUGUGCAUUCUAAUUCUCAACAACUGUAAGUAAAAGAUUGCCUAAUAUUGGCCUAAUUUAUUCAUUUUAAUGUUAGAAGAACGGACCGGGUCGUAUUUAUGGCCUAAUCUAUGAAACCUUUUUUCAAUUAUUCUGUUUUUUCACGGUCCUAACGACUGUAUCAAAUCCGCUAUGCUAUAAAAAAAUUUCCAAAUUUCAUUCGCUAUGCAAAGGUUUUUACAACUCAUACUCGACGAUGCCUUCCACGAUUCUUCGCUUCUAUUCGACACGUACAUUGCAUUGCCUAGUGAAAACGACUAAACAUAGUUUUUUAAGCAUUUUGCACUACUAGUUGCCGUUCAGUUGAGUAAAGCAUGAUCGCACAUUUGAUGAUUUACAACAGUAUUCCAAUAAAAAUGCAAAAAUAAACUACAUAGCAUGCGUUAGCGAGAAUAACCGAUUUUUUUUCGGAACGUAAUCUGAUACGCAGGAGACCCUGGUGCCCAGUAAAACCUUCACUCCAUGUUAUAUUGUUUUCUUUUUUUGUGAAAGGAAGAAUAAGCAACAGAUAUUCGCCAAUUCGUGCAAUUUUUGAGUGUAAUAUUUCCACGAGUUGGUGGGCGAAGGCUCAAGACCGCGUGCGGUGGCAGGGUUCCCGGAAGCAGGCCAAAACCGGUGGGCGGUUUGAGCCAGAUAAGAAGAAGGUUGUUCUAUAUUGUAUGACCUUUUACAGCUCCCGAUACAGAUUUCUUCGAACAAUUUGAACACGAUUUCAUUUUAAAUGCAUAAGCGUGUACUAUGCAAGUUAUGCUGUGAUAACAGAUUUAAUACUAUCAUAAUCAUAAAGAUGAGAUAUAAUUCUACACAUGCCCAAGUUGCAUGUGUGAUUAGAUUUGGUGUUAGAUUAGUGAUGUGUGAUUAGAUUUGGAAAUUUUGUUGUUUUUUUCUACCAGCAUUAGAUGUACGUAUGACAUGAAUAAC